AUGGAACUCUCCCACAUUGUCUUCUUUCUUUCCUUCUUCUUCGUGGGAUCACUCCUCGCAGUGGAAAUCACUGCUCGCGAGGAAUCUCUCGUUCACUUGCCAGAUAACUUCAACAGGGAUCGAACGAUCGAGUUCUACCAGCACAUCAUCCGCGCAAAUGGAUCAACCUCCACUCUCAGCGAGACUCCCAUCGGUGGCGGCACUCCGGGACGAUUUGGCUACGCGGUCGUGUUUGAUCACAAGUUGACGCAAGGGAGUGACUACUUCUCCCAGGAAGUUGGGAGGGUCCGUGGAGCCGCCGUGGUUUCUUCGCUGGAUGGAUCCCAAGCUCACGAAACUUUCACGGUGAGCUUGGCCGGGAGGAAUGGUGCUUUGAGCUGCGCUGGAAGUUUUGAGCUUCGUCAACCCGUGACAAGAGUUCCAAUUGUGGGUGGAACUGGAGAGUUUUACCGUAUGGAGGGAGUUUAUACGUCUCAAGUUGUUCAUACCAGCGGAGCCAAUGUUAUUGCUCGUGUCCAGCUGACAAUCCGUCGCGACUAA